UGGGCAAAAGUCCAGAGGAGGUUUUAAAGUGUUGGGAAGCACUCAGAAUGAAAUACGCCAGAGAAAAAAGGAAGGUGAAACAAGAAAUGCCGAAAUCAGGGUCCAGUGGAGGGAUGAAGAGAAAAUACAACACAAAAGAUUGGGAGCUUCUUCCAAUAAUGAGGUUCCUGGACAAAACUUUGGAAAGACGUCCAGUUUUCGAACAAUUAGAUGUCCUUGAUGUAUGCAGUACGAUCCAGGAGAGCCCAAGUAUCAUAAACGUACCAGAAACUAAUUUGGAAAGGAAUUCAGAUGUUCCUUGUUCACUUGAUGAUGAGAUGGCAGAAGAAUUUCCUUCGAGCUUUGAUGGACGAUCACAAAAUAUUCACCCAGAAGAGGAUCACGUGGCCGUUCUUGACCCAGAUAUAUCCUGCCAACAGCAAACACUUGUAACUGAGAACCAAAUUCCCGGAGCCUCCAAAAACAUGUGUCAAAAAAAUCAGCAAAAACGUCCAUUGGAAAAUGAAUUUCCGAUAGCAACGAAGAAAGCCAGGGCAAAUGCAAAAACAUAUGAAGAUGAGAGGCGAACCUUCAUCAAUAAAAUUACUGAGAUCCUAACAACAUCGCAAACAACAUCAAAUGACCCGAAGAAUACAGAAGAAAGGAUGGCACAGGCCUAUGCAGACUACGUUAAAAUGAGAUUUCUUAAUUGGAGCAAAGAAAAAAUGAUUGAAGGAUUUGCAAUGCUGAAUGAAACUAUUGAGGAAAUAGAGAAGAAAAAAAUGUAGUUGUGUUUUUUUUUCUUUAUCAAAUCCUAUUGCCCUUUACAUAGUCCUUCAAGUAAUCUCUGAUACGACUGGCAUUCCUAGUGUAGUUGUGAGACCCAAUGUGAAUAUUUGCAGGAAUGUCUUGCAAUAUUGAUCCUCGAACUUCUUCCCUCCACUCUCCUUCGAUUAAUCUACCAUUCUGCUCCCUAUCAGUGUAUUUUGGCGGCGCAUAAUUGUGCUUGUUACUAGUGCACAGCAAAUUGUGGAGAGUCACAGUAGCUUGUAUCAUGGAAUCUACUGUUUCUGGAGCUGCACAAAUAGUACGAUGAAAAAUGCGCCAUCGCGCACUUAAGAUUCCGAAUGCAUUUUCAAUGACACGUCGAGCUCUGGAAAGCCUCAUAUUAAAGUUUUGGUAGUCUUGACCCAAAAAUCUUCCAGCAUAGGGAACUUGACACCAUUCUCGCAGUCCAAAUGCUUCAUCUCCAACGAAAAAGUAGGGAAUAUUUUCUCCUCCUGGAAUGAUGGGAGAACUUUUGGGAAAAUUAAUUUUUCCUGCCUCUAAGAUACGUCCUAAUUGCGAAUCCUUUAAAAUUCCACCGUCCGAAGAAGAUCCAUAAGAACCAAUGCUAACAUACAAAAAUCUGUAAUGAGCAUCAGCGAUACCAAGGAGCACAAUACUGAAAUAUCCCUUGUAGCACCAGUAGAGGGAUCCACUAUUAUUUGGUGCUCUGAUUUUUGCAUGUUUACCAUCGAUGGCACCGCAUGUGUGUGGGAAAUUCCAAUUGACGGCAAAUUCAUCAGAAACCGUUUUCCAAGUGGAUUCUGUUAGAGGAGGAAACGCAUAGUGGGCUAGAUGAGCGUUUAGCAGAACACAAACUUCUUGUAUGAUCUUGCAUACUGUUGAUAUACCAAUACGGUAGCAGGUAGCCAGAGUAAAGUAAGAAUCUCCUGUCGCCAGAAAUCUAGGCAGGUGUAUUAAAGUGUUAAACAAGAAAGACGAAUUAUGAGUUCAAAUCACCUGAGAGUCACCAUAAGCCUGAGUUUUGCACUUAGCGGUUCACGAACUACGUAUUUUCUUUCCAAGACUGGUCUCAGACGUUUCAGAAUCCACUCAAACUGGUCGCAAUCCAUUCGGAAGUACAUAAAAUACCAUUCAGGAUCUCGAUUACUCAUUUCCCGGACCAGUGUCUCUUCGUGACCAAGAUCCUUUCUCAACCUUAAUAUGGGACGAACCCAACAACUCUUCUUUCUUUUCCUUUCACUGUCCUCUAUUUGCAUAUCAAGCAAUUGAAGAUACGCUCUGAUUGAUAUUUCACACAAUUCACGAAGGUUUCGACUCAUUUUUAUCAAUUAGGUUAGAUAUCAAAACAAAAACAAACAAAUGUCAAAAA